AUCUUCUAAAUAUCUUUUCAUUGGUGCCUGAAACACGUGACUGAACCUUCGAUACUUCUGAAAAAGGAAUUGACCAAUCGUCAAAGCUUUUAUCUGUUUAGUCGUGUGUUGUUUCCGAUCUAACCUAACCUUUGCUCUACGUUGGAGCGACGAAAAAAACCCUCACUCAUUCAACCGUAUCAAGAGAAUUCUCAGAUACUCUCGUUUUUUGAGUACCAAGUUUAGACAAAAAAACGAAGAAAAAUGCAUCGCCUGGGAAUAGGGGCACAGCGACUAUCCAGCUCGUUUUCUGCCGCUACAUCGGAUACCAAAACUGGCAAACUUUUGGAUACAAUAAUCAGAGUUAAUCACGCCGGCGAAUUGGGGGCUGACAGAAUUUAUGCAGGUCAAAUGGCAGUCUUAGGUAAAACCCCAGUGGGAUCGACGAUUGAGCACAUGUGGGAUCAAGAAAAAAGGCAUCGAGCAAAGUUUGAAGAACUGAUACAGAAACAUCGUGUAAGGCCGACAGCGAUGUUGCCAUUGUGGAACGUGGCUGGUUUCGUGUUGGGAGCCAGUACAGCAAUGCUGGGUGAAAAAGCAGCGAUGGCUUGUACAGUGGCUGUAGAGACUGUGAUAGUUGAGCAUUACAACGACCAAUUGAGAUCUUUGAUGGAAACCGGAAGCGACAAAGAGACUGAUCGUGAAUUAUUAGAAACGAUACAGAAAUUUCGCGACGAAGAGCAGGAACAUCACGAUACGGGAAUCGAUCACGGAGCAGAGCAAGCACCAUUCUACGAAGCUUUAACAAACGUCAUCAAAUUUGGUUGCAAAACUGCGAUAUCCAUUUCCAAAAUCGUAUAAAGAGGAAAAACUGACAUCGCUUCUAAAGUAUUGAAUCCAUGUUUGAAGCUUUCCAACCGAAAAUUUUCUUCGAUUAAAAUUCCAAUGAUUUCAUUUCGAUCAACGAUCCAAAAAUCACUAACACAGAAAACCUCAAUUCUCUGAUUUGUUUCAACAUUUUUUACAAUAUGAAUGACAAAAAUUGAAUCAAAUUUUCACUGGAAUUCCGAUCGAGAAGAAUUUCCAUUUCUGGAGAUCCGUUCCAUAUCGAACCGCUCGAUGUAAAUUUUUGUACUAGUCUUAAUAGUCGUAUUAAAUAAAUUAUACAGUUUUAUUUA